UGGUUCUCAUUUACCGGCAUUUGGAGCACCAUCACUACCGACCGGAAAAGCGUCGGGUAUUUAGAAAAGUUACAUUGUAUUUAUUUUAUUUAAGCUUUUUGUAUUAGCAAGAUGCCUGGAUAUUCUGACAGAGAUCGUGGAAGAGAUAGAGGGUAUGGCAGAAGCCCACCACGUUUUGGAGGUGGUGGUAGAUACGGCGGCAGUCCGCCACGCUUCGGAGGCCGUGGUGGAGGUGGUGGGGGAAAGAAGUUUGGCAACCCUGGCGACUCACUACGAAAGAAACACUGGAACCUGGAUGAACUGCCAAAGUUCGAAAAGAACUUCUACAAAGAACACCCGGAUGUUGCACGCAGAUCGCCGCAAGAGGUGGAGCAAUAUAGGCGAUCUAAGGAGGUGACCGUCAAGGGCAGAGAAUGCCCCAAACCCAUCAUGCAGUUCACUGAAGCUAGUUUCCCCUCCUAUGUCAUGGACGUCAUCAACAAACAGAACUGGCCCAAUCCCACUCCUAUCCAGGCACAGGGUUGGCCCUUAGCCCUGAGUGGAAAGGAUAUGGUUGGCAUUGCACAAACUGGAUCAGGGAAAACCCUCUCUUACCUUCUACCUGCAAUCGUUCACAUUAACCAUCAGCCAUUCCUGGAGCGUGGGGAUGGUCCAAUUUGUUUAGUUCUGGCACCUACCCGUGAGCUUGCACAGCAAGUCCAGCAGGUGGCAGCAGAAUAUGGCAGAGCGUCUCGCCUCAAGUCCACGUGCGUCUACGGAGGGGCGCCUAAAGGACCACAGAUCCGCGAUCUGGAGAGGGGUGUUGAAAUUUGCAUCGCCACACCAGGAAGGCUGAUUGACUUCCUGGAGGCCGGCAAGACCAACAUGCGGCGCUGCACCUACCUGGUACUGGACGAGGCCGACAGGAUGUUGGACAUGGGCUUCGAGCCCCAGAUCCGCAAGAUCGUCGACCAGAUCAGGCCCGACAGACAGACCCUGAUGUGGAGUGCCACCUGGCCCAAGGAGGUGCGUCAGCUAGCAGAGGACUUCCUGAAGGAGUAUGUGCAGAUCAACGUGGGAGCCCUGCAGCUCAGCGCCAACCACAACAUCCUGCAGAUUGUGGACGUCUGCAACGACGGGGAGAAGGACGGCAAGCUCCUUCGUCUUCUGGAAGAGAUCAUGAGUGAGAAGGAGAACAAGACCAUCAUCUUUGUAGAAACCAAGAGGCGAUGUGAUGACCUCACCAGAAAAAUGAGGAGGGAUGGGUGGCCAGCAAUGGGCAUACAUGGUGACAAAAGCCAACAGGAGAGAGAUUGGGUUCUGAAUGAGUUCAAAUUUGGCAAAGCUCCCAUUCUGAUCGCAACAGAUGUCGCCUCAAGGGGUCUCGAUGUGGACGACGUAAAGUUUGUCAUCAACUUCGAUUACCCCAACAACUCUGAGGACUACAUCCACCGCAUCGGGCGCACGGCCCGUAGCCAGAAGACGGGCACAGCCUACACGUUCUUCACGCCGGGAAACAUGAAGCAGGCGGGAGACCUCAUCUCUGUCCUACGCGAGGCCAACCAGGCCAUCAACCCCAAGCUCAUCCAGAUGGCGGGGGACAGAGGAGGUCGCGGCCUGGGAGGCAGAGGUGGGCAUGAUCGCUAUGGCGGCGGCAGGCGAGACUUCGGCAGCUUCAGGGACCGCAACAACGACCGGGGGUAUGACAACGGACCAAAGAAAGCCUUUGGCAACAACAAUACUCAAAACGGAGGAGGCUACGGCUCCAACGGCAGUUUCAACGGAUCUGGGGGCAACUCAUUUGGUGGUGGUGGUGGCGGUGGCUACAAUAACGGACAGUCCAACCCUGGCGCUCCUUUUGGGGCUCAGAAUUUCCAGAAUCAGCAGUUUGGAGGCAACCAGCCGGGGCUCAUGCAGACCGCCAUGAUCCAGCCGCCACCCCCACCACAGUUCCCCUUUAACCCACAACAGCAGAUGCCCCAGCCGCCCAUGGCUCAGCCUUUGAUGCCCUUCCCCCCCAUGCCUCCAUCUUUUCCUCAGUAAAAAAAAGCGCACAGGCUUUAUUUUAUUUACUUUUUUGUCUUCUGUUCUGUAUUGAUAUCCAUAUGAUUUAUUAUUAUGAUUUUUUCCUUUUUUUUUUUCUUUUUGUACUUGGCUGUUAAAAGUCGACUGAUCUUUCCCUGGUCCAAGUCUGCAGAGCAGCAGUAGUGAUGGUGCACUUUUUUAUUGUCAUUAUUUAGUUGAAUUUCUGCUGACCAUUUUAUUGUUACAUUCCCAAGUAACUUGAGUCUGGUUUUGUACUAGUGAGAACUGCAACCUGUGGUUAUAUUUACACCCUGUAAAGUUUUACAUUGAAGUCUUUAUCUGGGGGGUUCCCAAUCUUGGGGGCACUCUAAAUAAACCCAAAACCACAA